AUGAACUUCGAUAAUGGAACUAUAGAUAAUACAAUAGGAACUACUUUUGAUCCACAAAAUUUGGAGAUUAAGACAAAAUCUAUUGAACAAACACUUGUUCCUCUUGUUACACAGAUAACUGCUUUGGUAAAUUUUAAAGAAAAUAUUAUAUCUAAUGGUAAACCAAAAUCUGAACGUGCAAUAAGAGGAGCUUUAAAAGUGGGAUCAGCAGUUGAGGCAGCAAUAGAACGUUUUGUUGCAGUUGGUGAAACUAUAGCUGAUGAAAAUCCUGAUAUACAACCUGAGAUGUAUGAUGCCUGUCGAGAGGCUAGGUAUGCCGGUUCAUCUAUAGCUAACUUGAAUGGUAGUAUUUUUCUUGAAGAUCCUUCAUCUGGAGGUUCUGGUGCUGUUGACAAAGCUGUACUUGUUAAAGCUGCAAGGCAAUUAUUAUCAUCUGUUACAAGAGUUCUUUUAUUAGCGGAUAGAGUCUUAGUUAAGCAUAUCCUUAGAGCUGAAGAUAAGGUAGCUUUUUCAUUAACUAAAUUAGAAAAUUGUUCACAUUUUACUGAAUUUGUCAAAAUAUUUACUGAAUUUGGUGGUGAAAUGGUUGAUUUAGCGCACAGAUCUGGUGACAGACAAAAUGAUUUAAAAAGUGAUAAAAGAAGAGCUCAAAUGGCUUGUGCUAGAACUAGCCUUGAAAGAUUAACUAUGUUAUUGUUGACAGCUUCAAAAACAUUACUAAGGCAUCCAGAUGAUCAAGGAGCCAAACAAUGUCGAGAUGGAGUUUUCCAUUACCUUCGACUUAAUUUACAAUUAAUAGGACUUUGUGUGACAGAUGGAGUUGUACCAUAUGAUAUUUCAAGAUACUAUACUCCAUUAUCAUUUCCAUCAGAUGAACCUUUAGAUAUUGGAUUACAAUUAACAGCAAGUGUAACAAUAAAACAGCUAAAUGAAAUGUUAGAAAUGGUAAGAUUAACGGGAUCUACAAAUGUUGGUAUAAGAGAAAGAUUAAUAGGAGCUUUGGAUCAAUUAUGUGAAAUGACACAAGAUUUUACUGAUUCUCCAAUAACACCACAUCAUCAAAGGGAGCAAAUACUAGAUUAUCUAGAAGAAUGUCGUUUUGAAAUGAGUAAUUUAAUAGUACCAGCUUCUAUGGAUGAUAAAGAUGGAUUGUGUAAUGAUAAUGUUGAAGUUAGUGUUGAAAGAUUAAAUAGAAGAUUAGGGGAUUUAAAAAAACAGCUUCAAGCAGUUGCAUUAGAACAGGUUGCUUCAAUAUUUAGAGAAAAUGAAGAUCAUAAUAUAUUGACUUCAAUAAAAGCAUGUUCUGUUUCGGGGGAUAUUGAUGGGGUAGAAAAGUUUUUACAAAAAUUUAAAAAUCAUACUGAACAUGUUCAAGAUGUUUGUAGAUUAUUACACCAUGUAUCAUUAACUGACUCUCUUCAUGUUUACUCAGGACAAACUGAAAGAACUUUGAGAGCACUUUCUCCAUUGACAUUAUUUGCUGGAAGAACACUAUGUAUUCAUCCAUCUUCACGAAUAGCCCGUGAAAAUCUUGAAGUAUUCUGUGAUACAUGGGCACAAAAUAUUAGUGAUCUUUCAAGAUUAGCUCGAGAAUUUGAUACUGUAGUUUCUGGUAGAGUUGCAGCAGAGAAACAAGCAUAUAUGUCACUACCACGUCCAGGAGUAGGUUAUUAUGAAACUUCUUGUAACUAUUUUCCAUCAACUAGCAUGUCUUCUAAUUUAAAUAAUAUGUGUAAUAACUUUCCAUCUGAAUCUUAUGCCUCCCAUACAUCAUCAUCUUCUUUCUAUAGUGAACCAUCUCCUGAAAUUUCUGUUUCUAUGACUGGUGAUAGUGCUUUUGUUUCCAUGCCUUAUUCUUGUUUAUCGUCAUCAAUAACUGAAUAUAGUAGUGAUAUGUCAAAAAGUUAUAAUAAUAGUGUUCAAAAUUCUACAUAUCAUUCACCUACUACUCCAAUAAAAGAAAAAGUUAAUGAUAGUGUUAGUGAUAAUCGUAAAGAUAUUGAAUUUUGUUUGUUAAAAGAGCAUGAUUGUAGUAAAAGUGCCUUCACUAUUUUUAAAAGAAAUCAACAUGAUUCUACAUCACCACUUCUUUUAUCACCAAUAACAAAAGAAGUUCUUACUGGAUGUCUUGAUGAAAAUAAACAAAUAGUUGAAGAUAAAAGAUUAGGUACACCACCACUUCCAAUUAAGAAACAUGGUACUACAACAAAGCCAUCAAAACCAAUAACACUUGAUGUUGAAGAUCAGCAAAAAAUAGCUAAAGUUGGGUUAGAAAUGAAACUUCUAACUUCUGAAGUUGAUGCUGAAGCAGAGAAAUGGGAUGAGUAUGCAGAAAAUGAUAUUGUUAAAAGAGCUAAAUCGAUGUCUUCAAUGGCUUAUAAUAUGUAUUUAUUUACAAGGGGUGAUGGUCCACUUAAAACAACUCAUGAUUUAUUUACACAAGCUGAAUUUUUUGCCGAACAAGCUAACAAAAUGUAUAAAACUGUCAAAGAAUUUCAUUAUGAGGUUCCUGGAUCACCAGAAAAAUCUGAUUUAAUGAAUGUUCUUGAAAGGAUUCCUCUUCAUUGUCAACAACUUCAGGUUCUUGUUAAAUCACCAACAGUUGGUAAAAGUGCAACAUUUGGAAAGGUGGAUUCUGUUAUACAAGAAACUAAAAAUUUAAUGAAUGAGAUAGCUAAAUUAGUAACAUCAUGUUUCGUUUGCGCAACAAAAUUCGAAAUAGAGUUUCGUGGUACUGGUUCAACAAGAUCUACAGCUAAUGAAGGAGAUUCAUCACAUCAUAGAAUGAGUAGAGAAAGUACACUUUGGAGAAGGACACCAAGUACUAGGAGAACAGCUCCUCCACCAAAUAUUCAUCAUCAUAGCAGUCAUGACCUUCAAAGUACAGCUGCUUCAGAAAAAUAUCAAAAAAUUGGUUAA